CCACAGUGUCACUUCAUGCAGAGGGAAAGAGGAGCAUCACACAUUAAGGCUCCCUGAGACUGUGCUGUUCUGACAGAGGUGUGAAGGAGAAGCGGCAGCAUCACACAUUAAGGCUCCCUGAGACUGUGCUGUUCUGACAGAGGUGUGAAGGAGAAGCGGCAGCAUCACACAUUAAGGCUCCCUGAGACUGUACUGUUCUGACAGAGGUGUGAAGGAGAAGCGGCAGUAUCACACAUUCAGGUCUGAGGCACUGCAGGGCCUGAUGAGAGAUAAAGAGGUGAUGUUUACCACCUGAACGGAGGUGAACCCAGUGAAGGCCAACAAGGAUAAUAAACACAUUGAAUAAACACUACUUAGCAAUGCUGAGGAGGAGACACAGCAAUGACACACCUCCCAACCCGAGUGAUGUGCUGAGGAGGAAACGCAGCAAUGACACACCUCCCAACAUGAGUGAUGAGCCUGGUGGGGGAGAGGAUGAUUCCAAUGACAUGGAAUUUUAUAAAAACUGCAGCUUGGGUAGGGGAAUGAAAAAGAGUUUGGAGAGUACUCAACUCAGGAUUGUUCUGUUAGGUAAAACUGGAGUUGGGAAGAGUGCAGUAGGAAACACCAUCUUGGGAAAGAAAGUGUUUGAAGAAGAUUGUUCUCCAAAAUCUGUUACGCUGCACUGCAGUAAAAAAUCUGGCCAAACACAGGGGAGAAAUGUUUGUGUGAUCGACACACCUGGAAUCUUUGAUACAGAGAUGGCUGAAAAGGAGAUGAAAAGUAAAAUAGAGGAUUGUGUCAAGCUUUCUGUACCAGGACCACAUGUGUUCCUGCUGGUGAUCAGACUGGGAAGGUUCACAAAGGAGGAGAAGAAAGCUGUGAGGUGGGUCCAGGAGAAUUUUGGAGAAACAGCUUCACGUUACAUAAUAGUGCUGUUCACUGGGGGAGAUGACCUGAAGAAACCAAUCGAGAAGUUUGUAAAGCUCAGUGCAGACCUCAAAGAGCUCAUCCAAGGAUGUGGUGGUGGAUGUCAUGUCUUCAACAAUAAACAAAUGAAUGACCCCACUCAGGUAAAAGAGCUUCUGUGUAAGAUAGAUGCGCUGGUGGAGGAGAAUGGGGGACAGUGUUACACCAAUGAGAUGUACAAGGAGAUUCAACAAAAGAUGGAUGAACAAAAAAUGAAAGAGGAGGAACACAGGAGGCAGAAUGAAGAGAUGAAUACAUUUAAAAAUAGACUUUUUGGAGCAGCUGCUGCCGCAGUAGCCACUGCAGGAACUGGAAUUGCUAUCACUAAAGUUGGAGUCGUAGCUGGAAUAACACUUUCUUUGGCUGGAGGAGCGAUGGCAGUCGGCUCUUUUGCAGGAGCAGCCAUAUGUAAAAAUAUAAUAAGCUGGCAGAAAAAAAAAAAUGAAAUGUAUGCUAACAAAUUAGAGCACUCUUAAACUUUCUAAUAAAACAUAAUAAAAUACAAUAAAAUAAAAUAAAAUAAUCUCUGUACAGGAAUCUAAAAGGACCUUUGUCCAAAAGUUACAGGAAAAGUAGAA